GGAUCUUUUUCCAAAAUGGAAGUGGGCUCGCGAGUGUCGGUGGUGAGAAGCAGGAACGUUGUACUGGAUUCAGGGAUCUGCCCAGCUGAUAUCAUCAUAGAAGGGGACAAGAUUGUGGGCAUUCACUCUGAGGUAACCACAGCUCCUCAGCGCUGGGGUCAACAGAUCCUAGACGUUGGAGACCUUGUGGUGAUGCCUGGUGUGAUAGACAGCCAUGUCCACGUCAACGAACCAGGACGUACAGACUGGGAAGGUUAUUGGACAGCGACAAGGGCAGCAGCAGCUGGAGGAAUAACAACACUUAUUGACAUGCCACUGAACAGCAAUCCACCAACAACUACACUAGAAAACUUCCAGACUAAACUCCAUGCUGCCAAAGACAAGUGUUUUGUUGAUACUGGAUUCUGGGGUGGUGUUGUCCCAGGCAAUCAGUCUGAACUGCGCCCCAUGAUUGAGGCCGGGGUCCCAGGAUUCAAGUGCUUCCUCAUUCACAGUGGAGUGGAUGAAUUUCCUCAUGUUACUGAAGCAGAUCUGAGAACAGCACUUGCUCAAAUGCAGGGAACAGACAGAGUAUUACUGUUCCAUGCAGAAAGAGAGUUGAAGCAUGUGAAGCCUCCAUUAAACAACCCCCGUGAAUAUGCAACCUUCCUGGCAACCCGACCUGAUGACAUGGAAGUGGAAGCCAUUCGAACAGUCAUUAAACUUUGUGUCCAGUACAGGGUUCGCUGCCAUAUUGUCCAUCUUUCGACCUCAGAAGCUCUGCCCCUCAUAGACGAAGCUCGCAAAGCAGGAGCUUUGCUGACGGUUGAAACUACACCACAUUAUCUCUUGCUGGCUGCCGAAGACAUACCAAACGGUGCCACACACUUUAAAUGCUGCCCUCCGAUUCGGACAAAAAGCAAUCAAGAAAAACUGUGGUCUGCAUUGAAAGCUGGAAAGAUUGAUAUGGUGGUCUCUGACCAUUCUCCAUGCACUGCGGAGCUCAAACUACUCAGAUCUGGAAACUUCCUCAAAGCAUGGGGAGGAAUUUCUUCCCUGCAGUUUGGUCUUCCUCUGUUCUGGACCUCUGCACGGCAGCACGGAUUCACCAUACAGGACAUAGUGAACCUGAUGUGUAAAAAUACAGCCAGGUUAUGUGGCAUGGAGAACAGGAAAGGCUCUCUUAUUGUUGGUAAGGAUGCUGACAUUGUAAUAUGGGAUCCUGACAGGGAGUUUGAGGUGACAGAGACCUUAAUUCACCAUAAAAAUAAACUGACCCCCUAUCUUGGACGCAAACUGCAAGGAGAGAUUUUUGCUACCAUUGUCCGCGGAAAGAUAGCCUACAUGCAAGGAAAGUUCUCCAAUAAACCCUUCGGAGAAUGCAUCCUGACCAAUAUUACUCAAUGAGUUGGAUUAAGAU